CUUUCCUCCCUCACAGGUAAUCCACAAUGGUUUUGAAGCACAACAACCAAUUGCCUAACCAGCACUUCCGCAAACAAUGGGACCGCCGUGUUAAGACCUGGUUCGAUCAAGCCGGUCGUAAGAAGUCUAGAAGAAUUGCGCGUGUUCAAAAGGCUGGUCGCAUCGCCCCCAGACCCAUCGACGGUCUCCUCCGUCCUGCCGUUCGUUGCCCUACUGUCCGUUACAACAUGAAGUUAAGAGCAGGCCGUGGUUUCACCCUCGAGGAACUCAAGGAAGCUGGCAUUCGUCGUAAGGAAGCUCGUUCUAUCGGUAUUGCUGUUGACCACCGUCGUCGCAACAGAUCCAACGAAUCUCUUGAACUCAACGUUCAACGCUUAAAGGCUUACAAGGCUAAGCUUAUUGUCUUCCCUCGCAAGGCUGGUAAGCCCAAGAAGGGUGACUCUGAAGCUGCUGAAGUUGCUUCUGCUGUUCAAUUCCGUGGACCUCUCUUCCCUGUUGAACAAGUUGCUGCUGCCCCUGAAGCCCGUGAGAUCACUGCCGAAGAAAAGAAGGUCAAUGCUUACAUGAAGCUUCGUUACGCCCGUUCUGCUGCUCGUACUCUCGGUGCCCGUGAGAAGCGUGCCCGUGAUAAGGCUGAAGAGGAAGCCAACAAGAAGAAAUAAAUCUCUUUAAAAGUCGCGCUACAAUAAAUGUAAAUGACAUUGUUAACAGUGAUUCCGGUACCAUUUUGCUCUUUUGCAAAAUAAAUUGGCAGUUUUUCGAUGAAAUAUGGAUGUAUUAGAAAAAAGAGGCUGA